CUUUUAAAUUUUACAUAUGGUAAAAAGACACAGCAGGCAGAUUUUGAUGUAGAGGGCCAAAUGAGGGGGGGUCGCGGGCCGCCAGUUGGACAGCCCUGUUGUAAAUAAUACAAUAAACACAGGGAAGUCUCCAGCCACUGAAUUGCAUUGUACCUAUCAUCUGAUUCUUCUAUUGGCUGUAGUCCUAAACAAUUAUAAUAUACAUAAUUACAUAUCACCCUUAUUACUUGUAACAAUUAUGUAUUUAGGAAAGGGCAACUCAAGCAAAAUCCUUAAUCAUUAAUUUGUGCAUGUUAGCAUAAUCAACAAAGAGAAAGCUAAUUCUUGUAAUUCUGCAUUUAAAUGGGCAUUUUCCAACCAGUUAUAAAUUAAUAAAUCAAAAAUAUGUUUUGUAUUGUAUGUAUCUCGCAUAAUAAACAAGAUGCUUACAAACACUUUGUGAUCAUCUGCCUACUUUCGUUAUAAUCAGUCUCUUUGAUCAAGUUUAGUAUGAGAUUAAGGCUUCCAGAUUGCAUGUGAGUUUCAUGGAAUAAGUUCUUGUAAAUGCAUUUAGGCUAUGGGCACACAGGCUGUUGUCAGCUUGAGUAUUUCUGCAGGCUGAGAGAUUGAUUUGAAUUCAACCAGUCUGUGUGUGGUAACACAUUGACCUCAGCUUUAGCUUCACUGUGUGUGACCACACACAGGCUGGCCUGAUGCAGAUCAAUGGAGCAGGGACACUAAGCAGAUCUGCUUCUCUCAGCCUGCAAAAAUAUGCAGGCUGACAACUGAAGCUAACAACAGCCUUUGUGCCCAUAUCCUUAGCAGUCGCAUCAGUUGACUUUUGUUGUUAUUUCUGAGAAUGUACAGUAGUUACAUGCCUUUCCAUUCAUGCUCUCUAAAGUUAAUGAAACCCACCCAAUCACACUUGCCAAAUAUAAAUUGGGACAGGUCACUAAGAGGGCCCCAUACCUAGCCCAAUAAGCUGCCAACUUGGUUUGUAGGGGCUUAUUAUCAUCUUUAAGAAAUGAUCCUGUUUAGAGUGUGAGAGCGGAGUGAGUUCCGAGAAAGACAAAAAAGUUUUAAAUUAGUACUUUAUAACUGUAAAAAGUAUAGAUUGUUUUGUAUUCAUUAAAAGAAUGUGCAGGAUAGAGUUUAAUUCAACAGGUGCUUGAUGUAUCAGUUGAUAAGGAAGUGAGAAAAACGUCAGCUUCUCUUCAGUUAUUGUCAGUUUUCAUGCACAGGACAAAGAUACUGAAUUACAAUUACCAGUGGGUAUAGAUAGUAAUUUUUUAACUCAAGAUGUAUUAGAGGCUAUAGAUCAAUUAGAUCUGGUAAAUAGUACUAACAUUAUGUACACACUGGGUGAGACAGAAACUGCAGAAAAUACCAAAAUAAUACACACUGAUUUAAAGGUAAAAUCACACUUUAACCCCAUAACACAUCAGGGACCAUUUGUAGAGAGAUUUUAUGAUUUGGUAAUCUCAGAUUUAAAAAAAACUAUCUGAUAAACGUGUGAUAUCAUACAAAAACAAUUUAAGCAAACAAGAAUACCAAGCAAUAAACUCUCAAAACGAAUAAUAAUAUAGUUAUAAGAAACUCGGAUAAAGGGGGUUCUAUAGUUAUUUUAAAUCGUGAAUAUUAUGAAUCAGAUAUCAAACAACAACUUGGAGAUACCAAUAAUUAUGUCAAGUUGGAGGGAGAUCCGACACUAUUAUUUCAGAAAAAACUAUAUGAUUUUUUACAAUAUGGUAGAACUGAAUGUAUAUUAAAUGAUAAUGAAUUACAGUAUCUACAAGUGGAAUUUCCUAAGAUCCCUAUUUUUCAUACUUUCCCGAAGGUACAUAAAGAUCAAUAUAGACCUAAAGGACGUCCUAUAAUUGCAGGUAUUGGAUCCCUGAAUGAGAAAUUAAGUGAAUAUGUUGAUAAAUUGAUACAACCUAUGGUAGUUAAUUUGCCUUCAUACUUAAGAGAUAGCGGAGAUGCCAUUAGCAAACCAACUGAUAUGGAAUGGAAACGGGUACAUCUGGGUUACAAUGGACGUUUCAGCUCUCUAUUCAUCUAUAUUACAUCAAGAUUACAUGCUCUAUAUUUUUAGUUAGAUGAGAUGAAACUAUACACCCCACAUCAGAACCAGUAUAUACUUGAUGCAGUGGACUAUCUACUAAGACACAAUUAUUUCAUGUUUGAUGGUCAAUAUUACUUACAGAGGUGUGGCACAGCAAUGGGGGCAGUUUGCCCCCUCAUAUGCCAACCUCUUUAUGGGGUGGUUUGAGACACAUCACAUACUCAUUGAGAACAAUCCCUAUAAGAAAUACAUUAAAAAAUACCAUCGCUAUAUCGAUGACUUGAUCAUCAUUUGGGAGGGGGACAACCAACAACUAGAAAGCUUUGUAGAUUACUGUAAUGAUAAUAAUAAUAAUAUACGGUUUACAUAUAAGAGUGACCAAUUAACAAUGGAUUUUUUGGAUAUACAAUUUACAAUUAAAGAGUCAUGUAUCCUUACUGAUGUGUAUAGGAAAACCCUAAGUAGAAACUCAUUACUACAUAGGCAUAGUAGUCAUCCAGAACCACUGCUGAGGGGUGUACCGACUGGGCAGUUCAUCAGAUUAAGAAGGAACUGCACCACUUGGGACACCUUUCACCAGAGAUCAAUGGAACUCUGGGAUAGACUCACAUCCAGGGGCUAUGAAACUGACUGUGUCAAAAAAGCCUAUGAGAAUGCGAUAAUGAAAAAUAGAACUGACUUGUUAAAAACAACAAAAAAUAAUAGAUACAAACAAAAAGACAAAAGGAUAAGAUUUAUAACGACAUUCAGUACAGAGGCCAAACAAAUACAAAGUAUAAUUCACAAACAUUGGUCUAUACUUGAUGCUGAUCCUAUUCUAUCCAUUAUGGACCUUAAGAAACCACAAAUAGUAUACAGACGUAGUCCUAACCUGAGGGAUAAAGUGGCACCAAGUAUGCUACCAGAUAUUAAUAAAACGGACAACAGCAAUUGGAUGAAAGUCUUGGGCACUUACAAAUGUGGAGCGAACAUAUGCAAAUGCUGUCGUUUUAUUAACAAAUCAGAUCAAUUUCAGAGUACAAACACACAAAAGUGUUAUAAAAAUAGGAUGUAUGCAAAUUGUAAAACCAUGAAUGUUAUAUAUCUAGCCACAUGUAGGUGUGGACAACAAUACGUAGGCAAAACUACCAGGAGAUUGAAAGAUCGUGUCUUGGAACACCUGGCUUGCAUAAAUAGAAGGGACUUUUCAUCUGCAAUAGCUGAGCAUGUAAUAGAUAAACAUCAGGCGAUGGAGCAAUAUGUAACUUUCCAAGUAAUUGAAUUUAUCAAACUUGGUAAGAGAAAAGGGGAUAUAGAGGAUAAAUUAACAAAGAGGGAGUUUCACUGGAUAUUGACUUUGAAUACUGCGAAACCAAAAGGACUUAACAAAGAAGGGGAUAUAAAGUAUUUUAUAAGAUAAUUGUGUGUGUUUGACUUUCGCAUAUUGACUCUAUCAUUAUUAUGAUGGAGUUAAUGUGUGACAGUCUUUUACAUAACAUCAUUAUGUGUAGAACCCCCUACUUUUCCCAGGUACUUCGACAAAUUCAUAACAAUAACUAUUUUGAUUUUGAUUGCAAUAAUUUCUUUUCAUACAGUAACACCAUUGGCUCAAUUUGGUUUAAUUUUUUAAUUUCUUGAGUAUAUUUUGUCCAAUACACUGAAUUUAACAGUAUAUAAAAAAUAAAUAAUGGAAAACAAAAAUUGAACGAAUGACCUACUGUAUGACAAUUAGUCGAAUGCCUGUUCUAGCUCUCAUGUGGCCAAUAUAUAUAUAUAUAUAUAUAAAAAAUAAAAGAGAAUGAAUUUAAAUAAAAACAUAACCAGAUAUAUAUAAAAGGAGGUUUAUUAAAUCAGAAAUAUACAAAAGACCUUUAAACAUAAUUUUCUUGCUCUAUAAAUUACUUUAGGUACUAAAUAACAGUUAAGAAGUUACAAAUGUUUCCUUUUGCUGAAAAAAGUGACAGAAAAUAAAUAGAUUAAAUAGAUACAUGAAUAUAUACAAAGAAAUGUAACUUUAUACAAUAUAGUAACAUAAUUAGCCCUCGUAGGAAAUAUACUUGUUUUUAUAGUCAUGAAUAUGUGCAUUUAGUGUUUUUAAAAAACACAUAAUAUUGCAUUUAGUGAUUUUAAAAUACACAAUAUUUUGACCUGAACAAGGGGACUGGAGAAAUACAAAAAAAUUUUUCACUAUAUUUAUUUUAUUUAUUUAAAAAUAAGCUUUUGCAGUUGAUGUUGGAUAUCAGUAGUGGAAUUUUCUUACUGGUUUAGGUUUUAGCCAUAUGUACCACAAAGUGUGCCAAACAUGUUUGCUUUAUAUGCUUUUUUCCCACAAAGUCAAAAGUAGGAACUUCAGACAGGACCCUUUGUUUGCUGUAUUCAACUCCCCACUAUACUUUAAGGUUCUGUUUGUAGGUAUUGCAUUACUGACAGGAAUCUUCAUUUAAAGUAACAUUUUUAAAUAUUGGCACUAAAGAAAAACCUAAAAAAUAGGAACACAGAUGGUGUAAGUAACAUUGUCAAAAUAAUACAGCAUUUUGGUCAAGAGUACGCUCAUUUUUAGCCUUUCUACUUUUCUGUCUUCAAAAUAAAUGGCCACUUACUUACGAUAUGUGAGACGGCUAGACUUUUUUGAGAAACCGAAUUAUGAUUAUCUAUAGACACUUUUCUCAGAGCUGUUCGAAAGAAAAGGAUAUACCUUUGAUUAUGUUUACGACUAGGUUGGCAGGCCAAUUCCUACCCCAGGUGGAUCUGUGCAUAUAGAUUCUGGGACCUCUGCAAUAACCAGGGAGAGUCAUGGGCACAGGGAGCGGCCAUCACAAACACAGCCAUUGAGAAACCAGGUCAGU